UCUCUAAUGAUUCACACGCAGAGAGAGAGAGAGAGAUGGGAGAUAAGAACAUGACUUCGUCGUCUUCUCGUUCCUCGGUUUACGACGCUCGUAACCCAUCUUCUUCUUCCGACGAAAUCUCGCAGUUUCUCCGGCAGAUUCUCGUCCGCUCUUCCCCGCCGUCUUCGUCGUAUUCUCCGGCGAACCUCGAAGACCACCCACACGCACCGGACCCGCGACCCUUCGCUUCUCCGCCGUCGGAUGUGCUCGUGAAACGCGCGAUCUGCGCCGUUGAUUUCUCCGACGGAGUUUGUUCCGGCUCCGCCCCGUGCUUUGGAGCCUCGGGGAACUGUUUCUCGGGGAAUGCGCCGGGGAACAGCUCGACGACCCGUGUGUCGUCUUCCUCCGUGGGAGCGAGUGGGAACGAGACCGACGACUAUGACUGCGAAAGCGAGCAGGAGGGAGUAGAGGCGGUAGUGGAUGAACCUCCGGCGAAGACAGCUCCGCCGCGUGGUUCUUCGAAAAGAAGCAGGGCUGCUGAAGUUCACAAUUUGUCUGAAAAGAGGAGAAGAAGUAGGAUCAAUGAGAAAAUGAAGGCUUUGCAGAGUCUCAUCCCGAACUCGAACAAGACGGAUAAGGCUUCGAUGCUGGAUGAAGCCAUAGAGUACCUGAAACAGCUCCAGCUCCAAGUCCAGAUGCUGACAAUGAGGAACGGAUUAAGCUUGCAUCCCCUGUGCUUACCCGGUGGAACGUUACACCCUCAGUUGCAUCUUCCUCAGAUCCGACCAGUGACCUUGGAAGCCGCUAAUGAAGCUCUUCUCAACCAAACCAACCAGUUUGUUUCGAUCCCCAACGUGUCUGAGUUAGUUAACUUGGGCAGCUCGUUCCCUUUGGACUCGUCUCUUCGACCCUCCCCUGUCUUUCCUUCGCCCGUGGAGAUGAACAUUACUCAUCCAAAGACGAACUUGCCCGCUUUCGAAGGGGAAGAGGUGCCAUUCGAAGGACAAGAACCAGACCUAAAGGACAAUCUCACUUGACGACUUCCCCACACAUUUUGCCUUUGGGGUUUCUUUUCUUAGGAUCCAAGAAAUCUGCCAGCCCCCCACCCAAGAUUACACCACUGUCGUUAGCUGCUGAUGGUUCUUUUAUAUAUAUAUAUAUAUAUAUAUAUAGUCGUUGUAAAUUUCCUCGUUCAUUCGGUUGUAUUGACAAGAAACACUCCUCUCGAGUUGUAAAUUAGAGAGAAAAUCUCCAGUAAAUUGCUGAAAAUUAAUUUCAAAGUC